CCUGUAAAUUUCUCAAAGCCGUUGAAACUUGAAGAGAGCGAGAGCAAGAGCAAGAGACAGAGAUCGGUUAAUUUGUCAAAAAUGUGGGCGAAGCUCAACCAAUCUAUGCUAGAGGGUAAUGAGGAGGGAGGAGAGGGCUUCUUGGAUGAAGAAUCUGACGGCUUUUGUGCUCUCUCUGCUACUCAGAGAAUGUACGGGUUUGCAGCUUGUUUGUUGGCUGGUCUGGUUUGUAUGUUCCUGUCAUUGAUUGUCUUUGCCAAACCCAUCAAAUUUGCCGUUUUGUUCACCUUUGGCAAUUUGUUGGCAGUUGGAAGCACAGCCUUCCUCUUUGGCCCUGGACAACAAAUGAGAAUGAUGUUUGAUUCUGUCCGAGUGUAUGCAACAGCUAUUUACCUUGGAUGUGUUGUUAUAGCACUCAUCUGUGCUCUCUUGAUCCAUAGCAAGAUUUUAACAAUAAUUGCAAUCAUAUGUGAGGUCUGCGCCCUUAUUUGGUACAGUUUGAGCUACAUUCCUUUUGCUCGAAGAAUUGUUUCGGAUUUGAUGUUUCGUUUAUUCGACACUGAGCUUUAGAUGAUAGAAUUAUAAACAGUUCAGGGUUAAGAGUCUUGAAAUUUUGUGAUCCGGGUUUGAUCUAUUUUCCAUUAUUUGUUCAGUUUUCUGUUGGCAUAACAGUUACGGGAGUUGGGUUUAUGUGAUUGUUUUAAACCUUAUGAGAACAAGUAAUUGUAUAUUCCUUGGAUUCAUAUUCCAAUUUCAACUUAUUUUCUCGUUGA